UUCCUCUCCUACUCUGAGGACUGAAGAAACGCUGGGUGAACUUUACCCGCUUCAGUUUUAGCGUAUUGCCAAAUCGCCUCGUUUUGUUUACAUUUUGUAUUUAUUGAAGUGUUUUAUUAUUAUUAUUAUUAUUUUUAAAGAUGUGGUUUAUUUAUUUACUUAGCUGGGUGUCCUUGUUAAUACAGGUGACCUUUGUUACCCUCGCUAUUGCUGCAGGUCUAUACUACCUGGCAGAGUUAAUAGAGGAGUACACAGUUGCUACCAGUCGAAUAAUAAAGUACAUGAUAAUGAUCUCCACAGCUGUACUGACAGGGCUGUACCUGUUUGAGGGAUUCCCCAUGCUCAUGAUUGGAGUCGGCCUCUUCACAAACCUGGUGUAUUUUGGGCUGCUGCAAACGUUCCCUUACAUUAUGCUCAGCUCACCAAACUUCAUUCUGUCAUGUAUACUGGUGGUGAUAAAUCACUACAUGGCCUUCCAGUACUUUGCAGAAGAGUACUAUGCUUUUUCUGAGGUUCUAUCAUACUUCACAAUUUGCCUGUGGGUGAUACCAUUUGCUUUCUUUGUAUCCCUGUCUGCUGGGGAGAAUGUUCUUCCAUCCACAAUGCAGCAAGGAGAUGAUGUGGUGUCUAACUACUUUACCAAAGGGAAGAGGGGCAAACGCUCUGGGAUCCUCCUGAUAUUCUCCUUCCUGAAAGAGGCUGUUUUACCAAGCCGGCAGAAAAUGUAUUGAAGCACAACAAGCUAAAGGGUAGAGGACAGAUGGAGGGCUCGGGAAGGGGUGAGAGAUGGGUUAUGGUCAGAGUUCCCAGAUGUCCUAGUGAACUCGAUUCAUGGGAUGAAGGGAGAGGGGGAUGUUUAGGGGGUGAAAGGUAAAAGAACUAAAGAGAGAACCUGUGUGGAGUACCAUGUCUGGAUGGAUGCACACAACCUGCCACGGACAUACCAGCUCCUCAGCUGAAUUAACAUGCCUGUCUCUCUGUCUGUCCAUCUGUUUUAAAUGAAGUGAACACAGCCAAUUAACGCUCCAUAAGUGACCCUCAGCCGUGGAAUGUCUUCAGGCCCUGGUUUCCCUUGAGAGGCAUUAUUAAGGCUGAUUUGGGACUGAAAUCACAGGGAGUGACAAUUGUCAGUUUCGGUGUAGAUCUUUUGUUUAAUUUUGUCCAAAAAGUCUUUCAUUUUUAAAGGCUUGAAUCAUAGACAUGUGACGCAAUGUCUUUAGUUGGAUGUUUAAUGACGUGGGCUUCUUUGCAUAAUUUGAUGACAGCAGUACUGUCAGUAGUUGAUGCUGAUUCUCAUGUAAUUGUCAUUCUACAGUCAUCAAGGCUUUUGAUCCUGCUUUUUAUUAUUUGUAAGAUGUAAAGAACAAAAUAGUUUGGCUAAACAUUUCUGAAUUAAGCACAGUUGAGAUUACCUGUAAGAUUUAAUGGUGUAUAAAAGAUCUCGAGAGCGUUUAUUAUGGAGAAGAAAAAAUGCUUAGUAAAUAUAAGUGGAGUUUGUUAGUCUUAUUACAUUCUUCAUAAUGUUCAAAAGCAUUAACACUGCUUAUUAUUGUUUUUUAAAAAACAAAGUGAAUUUGACCACAAUGUUUUUUCUUCAGAUGUUUUUUUUUUUCAUACAUGCAAUUAAUAAAAUGCUGUUAAAAUUGAUUUUUAUAGACAAUACCCAGUUAUACCAAUUAUUUUUUCACUCAGAAGUGUGACAUCCUGUCAUAUUCGUCUAUGAAUUGUUGCCCUUUACAUUGAAGCAUCUAUUGUAGAUAGUGUGAGGUCAACAAGAGGUCGCGUUACAUCUGCCUCACACUAUUAUAUUCAGUCAGUUCAACAACCUCUCACCUGGGGAUUUCACCACUUACAGGAGUAAGAGUGGAGGUGUUGGUAAUGUACACUGAGGUGAAAUCAGUUUUUUGAAAUAAAGAGAAAUAAGGUCAGGUGUUACUGCAUCAGCAAGUCUUGAUUUUGUGACUUGUGAGAUCCUCUGGGUCGAGGUGUCUGACAUCCGGGGCCAUAGUGCUGCAGAGUUUGCCAUUAACCUUAUUUACACAUCCUGGGCUCACAUUGAACAACUGUUCAUAUGCAGAAAUCUGUGUGACUUUUAAGUGGCAAAAAUAGCCUUUGGAAGUAAUUAGUGUUAAAUACAAACAAGUUUGUGGUUAUGCUAAAAUUCCUUUAGCCUCAAUACCAGUACAUUUGUGCAUCAGCUGGUAAUGAUGGAGAGAAAGAUUUUUGGUUUAAGACACCUUUUAGUAGGAAUGAGGCUAUAAUGUAUAUUUAUCAAGUAGACUUAUGCACACACAGUUUCAUGCAUCAAUGUUUUUAAGCUAAAUAUAUGCAAUGCAAAAAAAAGUAGGACUGCCUUGUAAUUA